CCUAUUUUUCAUGUAACGAAACUUGUAAACAGGAAUCAAGAAUCUGUGUGGUGCUUUACAUAUCUUUCCCUGUCCACUUCCCCCCUCCGUCGCUUAGCCAACAUCCAGUCCCUAAAUCCCAUGGCAACAUCGAAGCCGGGAGCUCAGUCAGCGGAUGAUGACUGGGAUGAUUACCUUCAUGGCAUGUUUAAGAAGCUCAAGGUGGACCCAGAAAGGCUAAAAGAUGAUACCACCUAUGGCACCUCUGGGACGAAGCAGAGUUCUCGCUGGUACAACCAGUCCAUCAAACCGCCAAAGAAAACCCGUAAAUCUCUUGCCCUGCGGAGCUCAAGGAACAGACUGAGUCCAUACAGGAGCCUUCUGACUUGCCAUGGAGGGAAAGCAACGUGCGAGAAUCCGUUAAUACGGAGUAGUAAGUUUACCGCUUCGUCUGAACAGGCGAAUCGGUUGGCACACGGCAAGAUGUGGUCCGAAUCUGGAAAUGUCAAAGUGAAGUUUGCAGCUGGUGUUGGGAAGUGCUCAUGCCCUAAAGAGGAAGUACCAUGCAGGUGUGACACAAAGAAGGAUGGCGAUGUGUGUAGGUGUGGAAGGAAGGUUCCCCCAUGCCACAUUGGUAGCAAGUGCAAAUCUAAGCUUUUAUCGUUCAGAACGCUGGCCACCAUCAUUGAGGAAUCUGGUGAAGCAGUUUCAAAAGAGAAACGAUCUGAGAAGAAAUUGUUUUCUACCGUGCCAUCUUACAAGCUGCAUGAUGGCGCUGCAAGUAAAGCAGCAUGUGUGCGCGAUGCUUCGGCUGAUGCGUCUGCUCGCCCACACUUUUCAAACUAUCGAGACGGUGCUACAGGUUUCAACGUUUCUCCAAAGAUGCAUGUUCCCUUAGCUACUCCACCAGCCACAACUCCAUUUCCAUCUCAGAGUUCAGUCGGACCGGCUGGCAGGACUUCUAACGUGUCUUGCCGCGUGCCUGCUCGCCCGGAGUAUUCUUGUUCGCAAGAGGCAAGAAUGGCCAUUGACGGUCUUCCUGAUGAUACGUCGGUUGAUGACCUGGCAGGCUAUUUUGAUAGCAUUGUCUACAUUCCGAGGAAAAUGUCGGCCAUGGCGGAGAUGAUGUAUACAUGACAGCAGCCAGAGAAGUACCAUGGCAGCUAGAUUAUGAUUAUUAAUUACAAAACUUGUAUUUUAUUAUGUUAUUUACAUGUAUAUAUGUAACAGCCAUUAGACAGAAGAAUGUUUAAUCUCUUUGAAACAAAUGAUUAGUCUAGAUUAUUAUUUUUUGUUGGGUUCAAUCCUUUUAUCCCUAGCAUCAGCUUUCAAUCCGACUCAGAAUGUGAUGGUAAAAUAAUGUCUAUCAGAUGACAGGUGUUCCGUGUAUCAGAAUAAGUAUUACAUGUAUGGUCAAUAGACCUCGCAUGUACACAUACUGAACAUGUACAUGUAAGUACUGCUCAGUAUGAGUCCAUCUAUUUCUGCAUACAUGUACAUCAGGGGUGUGAGAGUUCAGAUUUUUAUCUGAUUUCAGAUUUUUUUUGUUUUUAUUUUCAGCUUAGUUUCAGCUUAUUUUUGGCUUUCCUCUGUGCAAAAAUUAUGGGAGCUCAUUCUAUUUCAGACUUUUUCAACACUAUUCAGCCUCUUUCAGAUCUUUUUAUUUGUGACCACCCGCACCCUUAAUACAUGUACCUGUACCUGUAUUGGAAAGUUAAGUCACUUUCGAUGGCCCAAAUUUACCAUGUAAUCUUUGCAGGCUUCUUCUGAGUGUGUUCUGCUCGCGCAGCAUAAUUUACUGAGCCCCAAACAUGCAGCUACAUGUACAUGUGUGUUACUGUAUCUACAUGUACAUGUCAAUUUUUCUUGACAAGUCUAAUGUCAUUGAAUUAUGAUGCUUUCCACUAAAAAGCAAUUUUAUCUAGCCUCCCCGUCGAGCUUUGCGUGAUAAAUUACACAAAAGGUGAUCAUGCGAUUUUGUAGAUUAUGCCAUGUGUGACAUGUGUGCUGGUUUUUUUUUAUUCGGUCGUAUGUUUGAUCAACAGUUUCGUCUGACAAGUUGUCAGAUCUGACAUCUUGUUGGACAAAAAUGUUGUUGAAAUACUCCCCCAGUCCCCUACUGGCCGAAUGAUCUACCAAAAUUGCCAGGCCUAGUUACAUGUAGAACCUUACUUUCUUUGAAAAAAAGAAGAAAUCAGCAGAAUGUCAUUUUUUUAUACAUGUAGCUUGAUAAUGAGCAGAAGUUUGUAAUUUCUGAAAAAGGGAAUGUAGAUUGCACACCUUUGCAGUUCAUUUAGGGUAGGGGAAGGUGGGGUAUUAAAGUUGUGACACUUUUUGCAUUUUGUAUGUUAGAAUUGAUAUGACUAAUAAUCUUGUAAGAAUAAGUACCUUGUCUUUAAAUUCAAUUCUUAGGAAAUAUUUUUCACAUAUAACUUUCUACCCCCACACUGAAAGUCA